UUUCGCCCGCACUCCUUUCUCCUGUCCAGAGUUCGGCGUGUUAGGAGAGCUGCUGACGUGCGGACGUAGGGGAAGGGAUGGAAGUGCUCGAGGAGGAACCCGAAGGGGCCCAGGCUCCUUUGGAAACUCCGCAGCCAACGAGCGAGGAGGUGCCCGAUGUCUCCAAGGCCGGGAGCCAGGACGGCGGGCAGCCGGAGGAAAUGGCUUCGAAGGAGGAACCGUCGGAGGGCGAUGAGGCUGCGGAGGUUGAGCCAAGAGUCAUGGAGGACGCCGAAGAGGCCGAAGAGCGUGAGGUCGAGGCCGAGGAGCGCGAAGGCGAGGCCGAAGAGCGCGAAGGCCAAGCCGAGGAGCAUGAGGGGGAGGCCGAGGAGCAUGAGGGCGAGGCUGAGGAGGCUGAGGGUGAGGCCGAGGAGCAUGAGGCUGAGGCCGAGAAGCAUGAGGGCGAGGGCGAAGAGUUUGAGGAAGAGGCCGAGACGGAGGCUGAGGCCGAGGAGGACGAAGGGGAGGAGAAGGAGGGGGAGAUUCCGUCGACCUUCUCUGACGCCGAGGAGAGCAGCGCGGUCGGGAUCCCAGAGUCCAUCGAAAGCCGCGUCGAGGACUGGAUCUCGGGAGACAGGACGCGGCGGUCCCUGAGACGGGAUAGGGAGAGCGACGUGUCGCUGGGCUCUCCCGAGCGGGAAGACUUCUACAAACAGGAGGAGGAGGAGGAGGAGGAGGCGGAGGAGGCCCCCGACGAGAUGGAGCUGAAGAUGCAGGAGCAGCAGUUGCGCAGCGAGCUCCUGGACCAGUACCACGGGCUGCUCUCGGAGCGCAACCGCAUCCACCAGUACAACAUGCACCUGCAGCAUAAGAUUUCGCAGGCCCUGCGCAAGAAGAAGAGCUCGGAGCCCGGAGUGGAGAUGGCCGAUAAGACGUCCUCGGAGCUGGACACUCCCGAGAAGGAGCAGACGUAUCAGCGCUACCUGAGCUCGCUGGAGGAGCUAAAGAAGCAGCAAAACGAGGACGUGGAGUGGUACCAGCGUGAGCUCGAGCAGCUCCGGCAGCACUGCCAGGACAAGUUGGCCCAAGUAGAGAAGGAGUGGAAGUCUUUCCAGAUGGUCAAGAAGCAGGUGAUCCUGCAGGCCAUGGGCAGCUGCCGUUUUGCGGGCGGGAAGCAGGCGGCGCUGCGCGAGGUGGAGCAGAUCCAGGCGGUGGAGGACCGAAAGGAGAAGGAGAUGAGCGCUGUCCGCCUGGAGAACGUGCAGCUCAAGCAGUGCCUGGCCCAGCUGGAGGCCAGGAUGAAGGCGCAGGAGGAGCUGACGGAGGGACUGCACCUCAUAGACUUCGAGCAGCUCAAGAUAGAGAACCAGACCUUCAACGAGAAAGUGGAGGAACGCAACGAGGAGCUCUUAAAACUGCACUACAAAGUCACCAGCAACGUCCAGAUCAUCACGCACGUGAAGGAGAAAUUGCAGUUUGUGGAAUUUGAGAAUCUGGGCCUCAAGUCAGACCUUAUGGAGAUCGAUGCUCAGGUGGCCCAGAAGAGGGACAUCUUGACCAAGACUAAGAAGGCCAGGGACAGCCUUAGAGUCGAUAAUGUCAAGUUACAUCAGAAGUGUGGACUAUUGGGCAAAGAGAUGCUUCUUCGGGACCUGGAGCAAAAGGUGGACCAAACCGAGUUGCUCAGCCAGCGGCUGGAAACACUUAAGCGCCAGCACGCUGGGCUGACACUCUCUUGCAAAGGGCUCAAACAGAAAAUAAAGGAAGCCAAAGCAUUCCUCCCAUCGUGAACGUCAGAAACAGUUGAUGUGGAUCUUCAGCAAAACCUUUCCAGUUUUCAUAAGGAACUUAACCUUUAGUGGACUUAUUUUUCAAUAGGUGCCAUUCCUUAAAAAGACCUGUGUGCUUGGGGGGAGGGGGGAAUUAUAUUGAAAAAUGGAGCUUACAAAUAUUAAGAUUAGUGCUGGACACUAAGCUGAGACAACUUAUUUUAAAUGAGUUGAACAUCUUAAUGAAUUUAAAACAGGGUCAAAGAAGCCACAUAAUAUGGUUAAAGUUUAUCUCUUGGAUAUAGUGUAGAAAUAAAGGGUAAAAAAAAAACCUUUCAGUUUUGAACCAUUUCACCAUUUGAAAUCAUCAGCCACCUGCAGAAUUUUCAUUUCACUUUGAGGAAAUACACAAAGAGAACCAGAAGCCUCUUCUGUGAAAGGGAAAGGGGGGAGGUGGAGGAGGGAA